UGUGAAAACUGGACAGAAAUCCAGCCAGUUGCAUAAAAGUGAUGCAAAACCCUGACCCAGCAUCAUAACUCCAAGACAUCAUUGAGCCUUCCACUGAUGUCAUCUAGCCCACCCCCAACAUCACUGCUCCACCCCCAAUGCUAUCUACCCUGCCCCCUUUGUUCGGCUUUAGCCGCCGGCAAAGGUGGCAACCCUAGUUUCACUGCCUGCUGCACUUUUACAGACUUCACAGAUCGGCUAUUUUGAUUCUCCACCUCUCCUCUCCUUCCACUGCUUGCAAAGACUUGUAACUUUCAGUACUUUGAGACUCUGUUGCGAUGCCCGAGAAAAUCCCCUUCCCCCGCCCUUUGUACUGACUGGGUGGAGCAAUGAAACAGCACAGGGCUGGCAGGCUGCAAACAGCAGAUCAGUGGAUUGCAGAGUGAGCACCACAUCACACUGUCUGCUGUUUGCAGCCUGCCAGCCCAGAGCUGCUUGUUAGGAGAAGUAGAAGCGGCAGCUGAAGCCGAGCGCUCAGUAAAAUGGCGAUGCGUGUGGUGAGAGCGGUGAGAGCCCUGAAUACAGUGACUGUGGUGCGGAGGUCGGUCCAGGAGUGCAGUCUGGUAUGGAGGGUGUGCUUGGUCAGGAGCUUUGCGACCGGCUCCCAGUUGCUCUCCUCCGCCUUGAAAUUUACAGAUAAACACGAAUGGAUAUCAGUUGAAAGUGGAAUUGGAACUGUGGGAAUCAGCAAGUUUGCCCAGGAUUCAUUAGGCGAUGUGGUGUAUUGUAGUCUUUCAGAAGUUGGCAAAAAGCUCAGUAAAAUGGAGGAGUUUGGGACUUUAGAGAGCGUCAAAGCUGUGAGUGAACUUUACUCCCCCCUAACAGGAGAAGUUACUGAGAUAAAUGGAGCACUAGCAGACAAUCCAGGCUUAGUCAAUCAAUCUUGUUAUGAAGAAGGUUGGCUAAUAAAGAUGACAGUAGACAACCCUUCAGAGCUUGAUGAUCUAAUGAGUGAAGACGCCUACGAGAAAUACGUAAAGGCACUUGAUGACUGAUCUGUGGAGCGUAACCCAACUAGAAGGUUUUCCCUGUGUAGGUUGAGUAGUGGUGUCUCAGAUCACACUGGUGGGGACUUCUUAUCACAGCAGUAACGGUUUUAAUCGAAUGCAACUUGCAGAAGUCGGACUGGAAUAAGGGAUUGUUUUUCAGGAGUUUUCCCAAAAUCUUUUGCACAAUGCAUACAUAAUUCUGAAUUUUGUUUUUCUAUUUUUACAUAUGAAUAAUUAUGCGUAGUAAACCUUAACAUGCUGCAGAGUUCUACAGUAACUGAAGAGUUAUUUUUAUGGACAGCCAGCAAACAGCACCGGUAAAGCCAUGAUUGAAGACAACGUUUGUUGCACGUUCAAAAAUAAUGCCUUGUAAUUAAAAUUGACAUAUCAGACCUUUA